UUCCAACUGAUCAUCACCCCAUAGUUAGAGAUUUUCAAAAUGAAGCAGGGUCUUGGCUUACUUCUUUUUCUGCAUAUCGUACAUGUCCAAUGCCUCUCUAUAUUCACAGACAACAGUGGCCAGAAUAUCACCCAGCUGGACAAAAAUGACAUCGACUCGAGAAAUGUGGACGUAUUUCGGCAACUCCUGAACCAAGAAACCAUCAUAAGAAUAGCACUGGUGAAAAAUGUUCACUCACUGAUGAAGGACAUGGUCGAUCUGAAACAAAGUAUGGAGACACUGGAAACUUCACAGCAGAAAACGGAAGAAGAAGUGACAGCAAUAAAACAGGAAGUGGACGAACUGAAACGUGAAAAUGAGAGACUUAAGCUUGAAAAUAGUAAACACAAAGAAAACUUCAAUGCCGUUAAGGACAAUUUUACAAAGCUCGAUGAAGAUUUCCAAAGGGGUUUGGAACAGAUUGAGGAGAAAAGAAGAGUUUUUGAGACAAAUACCAGCACGAUACUUGGCGACUUGAAAGUUGAAGUCCUUUAUUUGUCAGUCACUUUGCUGGAUUUGAAUAAACACACCCAAGAGGAAAUUGAUAAAAGUAUUCCGGAAAUGGUCCAGGAAAAGUUCGGUAUAUUGUCAAUGACACUGAAUACUUCACUGAAAAAUUUAAAAAGUGAUUUACACGCUACAAACUCAAAACUUAAUAAAUUAAUAUCAAACCUGGAAAACACUCAGAUUACGAUAAAAUCAUCGAUUCUUGAUGAUAUUAACAAAACCAUUGCUGAUCUACAGAAUGAUGUUAAACAAUCACAGUAUGACCAGCUGAAAUUAUCUUCUACUGUCUCGUCCCUUGAGGUGUUCCGAAUGAAUGUUACCAGCAAUCGUUGUGACUUGCCAAAAAGAGUGGCCUUCACCGCUGGAGUGACGUCUGGUAGCAGUUCCUGGAACAGUGGGAUAUUGGUGUUCCCAAAAGUCAUCAACAACAUAGGAGGAAGAUAUAAUCGUUACACCGGAAUCUUCACCGCACCAGUGGACGGAAACUACGUGUUCUACGUCAGUAUCCAAAGUUACGGCAAUAACAGUGCUAUACAUGUAGAUAUUGUACUCAAUGGAUCUAAAAAGGUUCGAGCGAUGGCAAAUGUGUAUAAUUCUAAUGAUGGUUAUGAGACUGGUACGAAUCUGGUAACCUUGCGAUUGGACAAGGGAGACACAGUAUGGGUCAACCAUAGCUCUGGAUCAGGUUAUUCUACCUACAGUGACACACCUGUCACCACCUUCUCUGGAUUCUUGCUGUAAACAUAUGAAUAUAUUUUAUUGUCUAUAAAAAUUGAAUCUUAUAAACUGAGUAAAAGAAUUAUGCAUAACAACUGAGUAAAAGAAUUAUGAAUUAAAAUUUGAAUUUAAAUGAUAA